AUGUGUCAGGAUGUGCUCCUUUCUUAUCUCUUCGACAUUACCUUUGCAAAGUUCGACAAAUUCCAUCUCACAAAGUGCAAACUGUGCAUCGCAAACACAAACUUUGCAUCACUGAGUGCAACCUUUGUCUCGCGAAGCCCAAAUAUAGCAUUGCAAGCUGCGAAGGACCCCAAAUUUGUUGCCCCAAAGCAACCCCAAAGCUGCAAAAAUCGUUGGGGCCAAGUUUCUGUUGCCUCACCGGCACCUUUCUUCCUCCCCACCAUCUUCCCACAUCCAAGUGAAGGGUCACGCCACUCUCCUCUACUGGUUCUGGCUUCAACUCAUGUGUCCUUUAUUCAAAGGUAUGAUUACACUAACCAUGCGAGUUUCAAAGUUAGAACAGCGCUGUACUGGGACAGUGAAUAUGACGAGGAGAUGAUGUUUCUUGUUGUUAGCGAUACAUGGAACAAAUCUCAUAUUUGCACACAUUUUCAACUAUCUGGCGAGGGGAGCGAGUAUGGUCGCAUCUCAACAUAUCCUGCCCUCUCCCAUCAGUCAGUUUUCACUGGGCCUAAACAUCAGCUCGAGUGCUACAGCGCUUUGAGUGACCAGCCUCAAGUUCCUAUGCUCUCUACACCAUAUGAUAUUCUGAUACUAGUUGUUCUGUUUGCCAUUGGCCAGCUGUUUGUUGUCACUUCCACUUGGGCCCUCGGAAUCACUGGAACUUUCCUUGGGGACUACUUCGGUAUUUUGAUGGAUCAUUGUGUACAGGGUUUCCCAUUCAAUGUCCUGAGGGAUCCUAUGUACGAGCGGCCAGCCGGACUUCUCCAUGAGGGUGACUGGGCUGUCAAUGGACGCCUCACGAGUGCAUGGAUUACUAUCCACCAAUAG